AUGAUGAAAAAUGCGCCACCCCAUAGAGUGGUCAAGCGGCGCACGAAAACGGGAUGCUUGACAUGUCGACAACGGCGCAUUAAAUGUGGCGAGGAGAAGCCUAUCUGCCGCAACUGUGUUAAAUCAAAGCGGGAGUGCAAAGGUUAUGCUCAGCGUGUUGUCUUCAAAAAUCCUAUGGGAAUCACUGGGGCCUUUGAUAAUGCGCAGGUCUCGUCCAUGGCAUCGUUUCCUAGCGGAUAUGAACGCCGUGCCUCUCAUCAAAAUCGGACACCGUCAGGACUAAUCAAUGCCUCAGCCAGCCAGCCCUCUGUGAUUGAAAUGGCAGACAAUAUGAUUGUUCAAAAUGAUGGAACUGACACGGCUCCGUUGCAGUAUCUACCAGCUCAGGUAUCGCGUGCGUCGCAGCACGAGGCACCGAGUGUAAAUCAUUCUGCCUUUGAUCCUAUUCCACUAUGUCACCAGCUGGCAUUUUGGUGUAAUGAUUCAUAUAGCUCACCCGAAAGUGCUUCAAGCUUGAGACACCCGACUCAGGACCCUGCGCGUCGACCAAGUAGCCAAGUUGGCAGUACUCAAUCUGUACCAACAGUACCUCUCCGCGGAUCGAUACAUACUGCAGGCCAUCUGCCUCUCACUUCUCCAGUAGCACAGCCGCUUGAGUCCCAGCCCUGGUAUCCAAAUAGCGGACGUAUUCAGGAGCAGCAUUCGUCCCACUAUCCGCGCACACAUAGUAUACCAUGGUCUGGCAUUAAAGCAUCAUACUCCGAUACUGAGCGUUACUCUGAUUUUCAUGCAUGCUCUAUGGAUGAGACAUGGCGAGAUGCUAGUAUGACAACAGCAAAUCGUAGUGAGCUUCAACUUGGGUCUCUUACCACUCAUCUGAAUGAGACGAACAUUUUAUCUUCCUAUCGUCCGACGUUAGACUCAUCCCCCCUGAACGACCCCAAGGCGGCGAAAAUUUUUGUUCAUUUUAUUCAUUCCAUUGGCCCAUUCCUUUCCGUCUUUGAACGACACCCGGUGGAUUCCCCAAUCCCUUUAGGAGCCUCUGUUCCUGCCGCCCAGCAAGGCCUAUGGACGUACACAUUACCUUUCCAGGCCUUGGAACACCAAGCAUUACUCCAAGCCAUGCUGGCUAUCAGCAGCUUGCACAUAUCUUUUUUGCAACAAACACCACAGACAGUCUCGCUGAAACAUUACCAUUAUGCAUUAAAGAGAGUGGGCAAUGCAGUAGGGCUUCCCACGCGACGCCAACAAUAUGGCACCUUGGCUGCCACGCUGCUCCUUGGGUACUAUGAGGUUGUGGCCGCUGAUCACACAAAGUGGAAUAGCCAUGUCGCAGGUUCAGCCCAGUUAGUCCGUGAGAUUGACUACGCCGGCCUCGCGCGUGACCUUCGAGCUCAUCGGCGUCGAACGCGAGGCCAUUUGAUUCAAGCAGAUUGGUGGCUUGCGAACAGCCCCCAUGCUGUCUCUGGGGAUGACCCGUUCGCUGAGAAAGAGACAUCCAUUGAUCAAGAUUUUAUUGGGACAAUCUUCGGUCGAGCCAUAAAUUACGAUGAGUAUGGACAGGUCGAAAAUGGUUCGAGUCAAUCAUACCAGAAGCAUUUCACUCAGAAGGAUAUCGAAAACUUUCGAAUUCAAUGCGAUCUCUAUUGGUGGUACUGUAAGCAGGAUACAAUUCAGAGUAUCAUCAGUGGCAACCAACUAUUUAUGCCGUAUUACCGAUGGGCACAAUGCCCACCGCGUGCAGGCAUGGGACGCCUAGACGCCGUGUAUGGAUCAGCAGAUCACCUGUGGCUCUUACUCGGUCGUUUAACGGACUUUGGUUAUCGCGACCGAAAACGAAAACUCAAGGCGGCAAAGGUAUCCGGGAUAGACUGGAAGCCAAACACUGGCUUUUUCAAAUUCAUGGCCCGGUUUGCCGGCAGCAGCACGCGCAUGCGUGGUCCACCUGGUCCUGCUCAGAAUACUCGAGUACCUUAUCCUUCCCCACCAUCUGGCAGUAACUCUUCACCAAAAGAAGGGAUUCCUCCAAUGUAUGGUAUGAUUCCUCCACGCGGGCCUGUCCAGUUACCCUUGGCUUUUCAAGACAAUGCUCCGCAUCCAAAGAGCUCGCCAAGCCAGGGUGACGAUGAUGGUGACGAAGGUAUAACAUACGGCGAUGCAGAAGAUGAGUGGGAGCGUAUACUGGCAGCGUUUGACGCAUUUGCGUAUGCUCUUGGUCGUGAUUUCAUGUCUUUACCUGAUGUGACUCCGCCAACCUUUACUCCCUUCGGACAGGCCCUACAGUACCGCACACAGCAAAUUGCAGUAUUAUGGGGAUUUUACUAUACUGGACGCAUUCUUCUUCUUCGGCUACAUCCGUCAAUGCCACCUGCCAUGAUGGUAGCUGCCGGUGUUGCAGCUCCAGCUACGGCCACAUAUGCCCAGACAAUUGGAAAAAUCGCAGCAAAUGUCUAUGAUCCACAGCUUCUCACUAUUGGAGCGGAAAGUUUGAACCCGACCCAAGGAUGUUACAUGACGGAAAUGACAGUCCCGGUUUUCUUUUCCGCGGUACAGUAUACUGAUCCCGGCCAACGCGAAUGGACAGUUGUCAAUCUGCGUAAUGUAUCCCGCCUCACAGGCUGGAAGUCAUCAGAUGCCAUUGCAAGUGGAUGCGAGAGAGCCUGGGUCGUUGCAGGGAAACAGGGGAGAGGACCUCCAUAUCAGCCUACAAGUGAGGCGCGACGACAGCCCACAACGGACCCAUCGCCUCAGCAAGGCCCGUAUCACAACAUAGAAAGACGGUUUAUCACUGUGAGCAAAUCAAAUCGGCUUCAUUGGGCUAUGGGCAUAUUGAGCUUGGAAGACGAUGUCGAGGUAUAG